UGCCAAGUCCAAGGUUUACUCAGAACACGGGACAGAAGACUGGACACAAUUCUGAAGAUCACGCAGAAAGAGAGACCAAUGUCAUCUCUACCCGUGCCAUACAAACUGCCUGUGUCCUUGUCUAUUGGUUCCUGUGUGAUUAUCAAAGGAACACCAAUCCUCUCUUUUAUCAAUGACCCACAGCUGCAGGUGGAUUUCCACACUGGAAUGGAUGAGGACUCAGAAAUUGCCUUCCAUUUCCGAGUGCACUUUGGCCAUCGCAUGGUCAUGAACAGUCGUGAGUUUGGGAUAUGGAAGUUGGAAGAGAAAUCAUACUUCGUGCCCUUUGAGGAUGGCGAACCAUUUGAGCUGCGCAUCUACGUGCGUCACAGUGAGUACGAGGUAAAGGUAAACGGCCAACGCAUUUACAGCUUUGUCCAUCGACUCCCGCCAUCAUUUGUGAAGAUGAUGCAAGUGUGCAGAGAUAUCUUCCUCACCUCAGUGUGUGUCUGCAAUUGAGAGAGAUGAUCACAUUCCUCACUGUUGAGGAAUCCCUCUUUCUACCUGACCAUGGGAUUCCUAGAGCCUGCUAACAGAAUUGUCCCUCUUUAUCCCUUCCCCCACACUUGGUUAUUAAAAAAGCACCAAACCUCACA